UUUCUUCUGUUGCCUAACAGCGUCAGCGGAAGUAUUUUGAGUGUACGUGAGCUUCUGUAGGUCACAUUUGUUUUGAGAAACAUUACCACGAUGGAGGCAGCUAACACAGAGAUCAGCCUGAGGCAUGUGGAGAAAGAUGUCCUCAUCCCCAAAAUGAUGAGGGAGAAAGCCAAGGAGCGCUGUGCUCAGAAAGUUGAAGCCUUCAACCGGUGCUGUAAAGACACAGGUUUCUUAAUGGUCUUUAAGUGUCGAGAGGAGAAUGCAGCACUGAAGGAAUGUCUGACAAUACACUACAAGGACCCUGCGUUCUUCGAGCUGUGUAAGCAGGAGUACAUCCAAGAAAAACUGGAGUUUGAGAGGACAGGGGUCCCAACAAAGAACAGGAAACAAAAAGUCCCAACUAGCAUGUAAUGAAUCACAUGACAACCAAAUAGCUUUUGAAAGGCGAAGGUGCAGAGUGUGAGCCAGAUCCAGUCCUACAAACCAAGAGUACAUGGUCAUCCGGCUGGGCUUUUAACUUUUAAAGGCACAAGCCGGUGUAUUUAAUGAAAACAUGUGGAGUGACUAAAACUGGUUUGGUGUGCAAGAGUGGAAUAUAAUUUAAAAAAAUAAGCAAAUUCUUUGUUCUGUAUAUUUUCAGAAUGUUCUCCAUCAGAUGGCCAACAUGAUCUUGUUAUCAUCAGCAUUUGCAUUACAUUUACCAAUAUGCUUAUUGGUUGAUAGAAUAUGUAGAUGGGAUCAUACAGUCACCUCCUGUAGCCAAACCAGGAAGAGCUUCUUUAGUGCAGAGCUUUAGCUUCGGAUGUGUACAGUCAAAUUGUUCCAUAUCUGCCGAACACUUUGUUGUGUCUUUAGAAGGCCUCCUUUGUUAAUUAAAACUAAUUUCCAAAUUACACUCAUACUCUAUAUGUAGGAGACCUCUGACUAAGCAAUGCACUAUAUGUGGUGAUGUGACAUAUGUAAUGAAUUGUGACAUUGUAAAUAAAAACGUGUUCAGUAGCA